AAAGGCUUUAAAUCUGUUCUCUUCCUUACAGGUAAACUUUAAUGAGCCCUUGUCCAUGCUUCAGCGCCUUACUGAAGAUCUGGAAUACCAUGAGCUAUUAGACCGAGCUGCAAAAUGUGAGAACUCUCUAGAACAGCUCUGCUAUGUUGCAGCCUUCACCGUUUCCUCCUAUUCCACUACUGUCUUCCGAACCAGCAAGCCAUUCAACCCUCUCCUUGGGGAGACCUUCGAACUGGACCGACUAGAGGAGAAUGGUUAUCGAUCCCUCUGUGAGCAGGUGAGUCAUCAUCCCCCUGCUGCUGCACACCAUGCUGAAUCCAAAAAUGGCUGGACAUUGCGUCAGGAAAUCAAAAUCACCAGCAAGUUUCGAGGCAAAUACCUCUCCAUUAUGCCCCUCGGUAAGGCCACCAUGUUUGUUCCGGUGAAAUGUUGAAAUAGGAGCGGCAGGGCUGCGUCCCCGGCACCCGGCCGCCCGCAUGGCUAG